UUGAGCAUAGAGAGGAUGGCCACCAACACCCAAGAGUAUAUCUUUAGAUCCAAGCUGCCAGAUAUCGAGCUUCAGAAUCACUUGCCUCUCACAGAGUACCUGUUCCAGCGCCACCAGGGCAAAGCUUCGAGCCGCCCCUGCCUGAUCGAUGCCGAGGCGGGCAGAGUUCUCAGCUAUGGCGACGUGGAUCUUCUCGCGCGGCGCGUUGGCGCGGGGCUGUCGCGCCUCGGCAUCCGCAAGGGCGACGUCGUCAUGCUCCUCCUCCCGAAUUGCGUCGAAUUCGUGCUCGCGUUCCUUGGCGCGGCGAGAAUCGGCGCCACCGUCACCACCGCCAAUCCACUGUGCACGGCCAGCGAGAUUGAGAAGCAGGCCAGCGGCUCCGGCGCCCGGAUGAUCGUGACGCAGGCCGCGCAAAUCGACAAGCUCGAUCGCCUCCUCCACCAGGAAGAUCGAGAGCGCGAAAUAUGUGUAAUGCUGGUGAGCGAUGGCUUCGAUCCCAUCAAGGCCGCGGCGAAGAGCGCCGAUCGCUCCAAUGUGAUGUUCUUCGCAAGCGCGCUGCUCCAGGCCGAUGAAUCCGAGUGCCCGGAGGUGGAGAUCGCGGCGGAUGUGGACGUCGUGACGCUGCCAUUCUCGUCGGGCACCACCUCGCUGCCCAAGGGCGUGGAGCUGACGCACAAGAACCUCAUCACUUGUAUCGCGCAGCUCGUCGAUGGCGAGAACCCUAAUCUCUUCCUCCAUGGCAACGAUCGCAUGCUGUGCGUUCUUCCCCUCUUCCACAUCUACUGCCUCAGCUGCGUCCUCUUCGCGUCCCUCCGCGCCGGCGCCGCGAUCGUGGUCAUGCGCAAGUACGAGAUCGGCGCCAUGCUGGGAGCGAUCCAGCGCUUCCAGGUCACGGCGGCGAGCCUGGUGCCACCGAUUCUCCUGGCGCUGGCCAAGAAUCCCGUCGUCGGCGACUACGAUCUCUCCUCGCUGCGAUUCAUCAUGUCCGGGGCCGCGCCGCUGGGCAAGGAGCUGGAGCGAGCCAUCGGCGACAAGCUCCCCAGCGCGAUCAUCGCUCAGGGAUACGGGAUGACCGAAGCCGGCCCUCUCAUCUCGAUGAGCCUGGCCUUCGCCAAGACGCCAUUCGCGAUCAAGUCGGGCUCUUGCGGCACGAUCGUACGCAACACCGAGGCCAAGAUCGUGGACACCGAGACGGGCGAGUCGCUGGCGUAUGGCGUGUGUGGCGAGAUUUGCCUCCGCGGUCCCCAGAUCAUGAAGGGCUACCUCCGCAAUGUGGAAGCCACCAUGGCGACCAUCGACAAGGAGGGAUGGCUCCACACCGGCGACGUGGGAUUCAUCGACCGCGACGAGGAGCUCUUCAUUGUGGAUCGUGUCAAGGAGCUCAUCAAGUUCAAGGGGUUCCAGGUUGCGCCAGCGGAGAUCGAAGCGCUCUUGGUCUCGCAUCCACGGAUCUGUGAUGCUGCAGUCGUGGGGUAUGUACGAUUUUCUCGAAGAUUAUCUUCUCUGAUGAUGGAUGGAUGUUCCAGCAAGAGCGACGAAGUGGCUGGGGAGUUGCCGGUCGCGUUCGUGGUGCGAAGCCCCGGCAUUUUGCGCGUCUCGGAGGACGACGUCAAGCAAUUCAUUGCGAAACAGGUCGUGUUCUACAAAAGGUUACACUCGGUCAUCUUCGUGGACUCCAUCCCCAAAUCCGCCGCUGGAAAGAUUCUGCGGAAGGUCCUCAAGAGCGUGCUCUCGACAAACUAGUUUAACAUCAAGCCAUGGAUCGCCAGCUUUUGACUUUGCGCGGAACCAGCUCGAGCCUUUGACGUAUGUUCCAUUAUACGAGGCUAUGGUGGGCGAUGAAACAAUUGACUUCACAGUGUAGGUGGCCCCUCUCCAGCAGUCAGUCCCUCACCCUAUAUAUUGUAUAACUCUCCAAUCACUUCAAUCAAACAAGAGCCCAGGAAGAACCUACUCACACAGCUUGUUGUGCUGCAACUCAA